ACAAACAUUCAGGUAAACACUGUGGCGCAGAGGACGCGUAAACAACCCUCGGUGUCCGUCACUCUCCUGGUUUAGAGGGAGCGGAUCAACUGACCUGUGGAGUCUGAUCAUGUGACAGAGUGGAGGCGUCGCUGAAAACAUUCACCCCUUCACCACACACACACACCACCAGGAACCGAUUUCACAAUAAAUGGAUAAGGAGACAAACACCCCGGGCCAACUCAACACCUCUCUCCUCACGUCGCAGUGAAAUGAGGGGAGCAUGGGGGCCAAAGAGUCGAGGAUAGGGUUCCUGUCGUAUGACGAGGCAGUCAAGAGAGUCACUGAUGUGGAAUUGAAACGGCUGAAGGAUGCCUUCAAGAGAACCAGCGGCCUCUCCUAUUACAUGACUCAACAGUGCUUCUACAGGGAAGUGCUUGGAGAUGGAGUUCCCCCGAAAGUUGCAGAGGUUAUUUACACCUCGUUUGGAGGCUCAUCUAAAGGACUACACUUCAACAAUGUGAUCGUGGGCCUGGUUCUUCUGACCAGAGGACGCGAUGAGGAGAAGGCCAAAUACCUCUUCAGCCUGUUUGCCAGUGAUCUGGGCGGAUACGCUGCCAGAGAAGAUAUAGAGGCAGUUCUGCAGGUCCUGGAUGGAGAAAUUCCCACCUCCCUCAAGAAAUGCUUCAGCGAGGGUGACAAGGUGAACUACGAGCGCUUCAAGAGCUGGUUGCUGCAGAACAAGGAGGCCUUCACUUUGUCCCGAUGGCUUCUCUCUGGAGGAGUGUGUGUCACACUCACUGAUGACAGCGACACACCCACCUUCUACCAGACCCUGGCUGGCGUCACACACCUGGAGGAGACGGACAUUAUAGACUUGGAGAAGCGCUACUGGCUGCUGAAAGCGCAGUCAAGAACUGGCCGCUUCGACUUGGAAACCUUUGUCCCACUGGUCUCUCCACCUAUCCAUGCCUCACUGAGUGAAGGCCUGUUUCACGCCUUUGAUGAGAAUCGGGACAAUCACAUCGACUUUAAAGAGAUCUCUUGUGGACUCUCAGCAUGCUGCAGGGGGCCCGUCGCUGAGAGGCAGAAAUUUUGCUUCAAAGUGUUCGAUGUGGAUCGUGAUGGGGUUCUGUCUCGAGAUGAACUCCAUGAAAUGGUGGUGGCUUUGCUGGAGGUGUGGAAGGACAAUCGCACAGACAUACUCCCUGAGCUGCACAGUAGCGUGUCAGACAUCGUUGAGGGUAUCCUGAAGAUGCAUGACACAACCAAGCUGGGUCACUUGACUCUGGAGGACUACCAGAUAUGGAGCGUAAAGAGCGCAUUGGCCAAUGAGUUUUUAAACCUUCUUUUCCAGGUUUGCCACAUAGUCCUGGGGCUCAGACCUGCCACUCCUGAAGAGGAGGGACAAAUUAUCAGAGGCUGGUUAGAGAGGGAGAGCAGACAUGGGCUGCAGCAAGGCCAGAACUGGUUCCUCAUCUCCAUGGUGUGGUGGCAGCAAUGGAAGGACUAUGUCAAAUACGGCAGUCCCUGCUGUUGUCUUCCUGUCCAGGAGCAUAAGGGCAUCGUGGUGGAGCAGCCAUCCAUCCUGAGCUCACUCCGAAGUCCGAUGGCCACGGCCACCAUAGAGCCUGCCCCUCCGGAUAGACUGGGAGGACUGGGAAACUUCAGCGCUGUCAGCCCCACUGAGGAGAGGUCACCUGAUGCUGUGUCCAGUGCCUCAGAGGCCACAGAGACUGCAGCCCUGAGCCCUUAUGUAGCUCCAUCUGCUACAGAGAGCUGUUUUGCCCGUCAGCACAACGUAUCAGACAACAACAAUCAGUGUUUUUCUGGAGCCAAUGGACAACUCCCCUCCCAGGUGGCAGCACAAAGACCUGGAGCUAUCGACAACCAGUCUCUGGUCACCACCGACCCAAUGAAGGCCCCCACGUUAACCAUGGAGGGUGGCAGGCUGAAGCGCUCCCGGCAGCUGGUGCCUGAUGGAGACUUUGAGACGGUGCCAGAGCCGGUGUGGCGGGCGCUCUACCACUGGUACGGUGCCAACCUCAGUCUGCCGCGUCCGGUUAUCCUGGAGAGCAAGACUGGCCACGCAGAGCUGGAGCUCUAUCCCCGCUACGUCCUCUUCCUCCGCCAGCAACCAGCAACGCGCUCCCCACAGUCCAACAUCUGGGUCAAUAUGGGUAUGACCAGCCUGCGAAUGUUCCCUCCACAUAUAAACCCCCCAAGAGCAGGUAAUGUUCCAUCCCCCAAUGCUCCUCUCAAGAGGGUGCUGGCCUACACGGGUUGCUUCAGCCGUAUGGCCACCAUCAAGGACAUCCACUUCUACCUGUCCCAGAGACUCCGCAUCAAGGAGGAGGACAUGCGACUGUGGCUCUACAACAGUGAGAACUAUCUCACCCUCCUGGAUGAUGAAGAUCACACACUAGAGAGUCUGAAGAUCCAUGACGAGCAGCAGCUAGUUAUAGAAGUCAGGAACAAAGAUAUGAGCUGGCCUGAGGAGAUGUCUUUCAUUGCUAACAGUAGUAAGAUGGACCGACACAAAGUUCCCACAGAGAAAGGAGCCACUGGUCUCAGUAACCUUGGCAACACCUGCUUCAUGAACUCCAGUAUCCAGUGUGUGAGCAACACCAAGCCACUCUCAGACUACUUCAUCUCAGGGAGACACCUCUAUGAGCUCAAUAGAACCAAUCCCAUUGGGAUGCGAGGUCACAUGGCCAAGUGUUACGGCGACCUGGUGAUGGAGCUGUGGAGCGGCACACAGAAGAAUGUGGCUCCCCUCAAACUCAGAUGGACAAUAGCAAAGUAUGCCCCACGGUUCAAUGGCUUCCAGCAGCAGGAUUCCCAGGAGCUGCUAGCCUUCCUGCUGGAUGGUCUACAUGAAGACCUAAACCGAGUCCAUGAGAAACCUUACGUGGAGCUGAAGGACAGUGAUGGUCGGCCUGACUGGGAAGUGGCCUCUGAGGCAUGGGAGAACCACCUGCGCAGGAACCGUUCCAUCGUGGUGGAUCUGUUCCACGGUCAGCUCAAGUCCCAGGUGAAAUGUAAGACCUGUGGCCACAUUAGCGCUCGCUUUGACCCUUUCAACUUCCUGUCACUACCCCUGCCCAUGGACAGCUCCAUGCAUCUGGAGAUCACAGUUAUUAAACUGGACGGCUCCACACCUGUGCGCUAUGGCCUGAGGUUGAAUAUGGAUGAAAAGUACACAGGACUAAAGAAACAGCUGAGUGAACUUUGCAGUCUGAAGCCGGAGCAGAUCCUUCUGGCUGAGGUCCACACCUCCAACAUCAAGAACUUCCCUCAGGACAACCAGAAGGUGCGUCUGUCAGUAAACGGCUUCCUGUGUGCGUUUGAGAUCCCGGUGCCAGGUUCACCAACGUCCCUGAGCUCGCCCACACUGACAGACAUCACCCCAGUGGCCAAUGGCUCAGCUGCUAAUGGGCACCUGGGCAAUAAGUCUAUCCUCAUCCCUAAUGGUGGGCCCAGCACUUUGGUGCCCUGCAGCCCUGACACGCCCCUCACCAGUGGAGUCGCCAACGGACACAUCACACCGUUGCAGGAAAGCCCGUUCAUUGGAUACAUCAUCGCCAUGCACAGGAAGAUGAUGCGCACGGAGCUGUACUUCCUGUCAUCUCAAAAGAAUCGGCCCAGUUUGUUCGGCAUGCCCCUCAUAGUUCCCUGCACUGUCCACACCAGUAAGAAAGACCUGUAUGACGCCGUCUGGAUCCAAGUCUCCCGUCUGGCCAGCCCACUCCCACCACAGGAAGCUAGUAACCAUGCCCAGGACUGUGAUGACAGUAUGGGCUACCAGUACCCCUUCACUUUGCGGGUCGUGGGUAAGGAUGGUAACUCGUGUGCCUGGUGUCCCUGGUACAGGUUCUGUCGAGGCUGUACAAUAGACUGCACAGAAGACAGAGCCUGUGUUGGGAAUGCUUAUAUUGCCGUGGACUGGGACCCCACUGCCCUGCACCUCCGCUACCAGACCUCCCAGGAGAGGAUCGUGGAGGAGCACUGCAGUGUGGCGCAGUCCCGUCGGGCCCAGGCUGAGCCCAUCAGUUUGGACAGCUGUCUGAAGGCCUUCACCAGUGAAGAGGAGCUUGGAGAGGAUGAGCUCUAUUACUGUUCCAAGUGCAAGAACCAUCGGCUAGCCACGAAAAAACUGGACCUCUGGAGGCUGCCACCUAUUCUGAUUGUCCACCUGAAGCGCUUCCAGUUUGUUAAUGGUCGCUGGAUCAAGUCCCAGAAGAUUGUCAAGUUCCCGCGGGGGAACUUUGACCCCAGCGCCUUCCUGGCUCCCAGAGACCUGGAGCAGCACUGCCUCCACUCACGUAGUGAGAGUGAGGAUCUACUGAGGGUCGGAGAAGACAACCUGUCCUCCAUCUCUGCUCCUGCUGGCUUCUGCAACCUCCCCAAAGCCUCCCCUGCCUCGAGCAGGAAGUCAGCUCCUUCUCUCAGCCGGACCAGCAGCCCCUCCAGUAGCCCAAAGAGCGGAGGGCGAAGGCCUGGCCGACUACGCCUGCCUCAGCUGGCCAGCAGACACCGCCUGUCUAACAGCAAGGAGAACCUGGAUGCAGUUGCAAAUCCGGAGGCUGAGCCUCGGGAGGAUGCUCCACAGGCAGACACAGAGGGGAGUGCAGUAGCAGGGGUGAUGGGCCUUCCUGGAUCAGCAGAAGCAAACGCAUCAGAGUCAGUGUGCAGUACUGAGGCAUCCAGCAGCCACUGUGAUGUGGUCUUGUUGAACGGUGAUACCAACGGGAUGAGCUCAGACUGCAGCACCGAGAGCAACAUGGAUGCCGACAACUCGCUGCUUCAGCACAGAGACAACAUGUGUCUGGACGACAUCUACAACCUCUAUGCAAUAUCAUGCCAUUCAGGAAUCAUGGGAGGAGGCCACUAUGUGACGUAUGCCAAAAACCCCAAUGAUAAGUGGUACUGCUACAACGACAGCAGUUGUAAGGAAGUGCCCUCGGAGGAAGUCGACACCGACUCAGCCUACAUUCUCUUCUACGAGCAGCAAGGUGUAAACUACUCCCAGUUCCUGCCAAAGAUCGAUGGCAAGAAGAUGGCCGACACCAGUAGCAUGGACGAAGACUUUGAGUCUGACUACAAGAAAUACUGUGUCCUCCAGUGAUGGCGCAUUGUCUUCGAUCAGCCAGCACUACGCCUGCUCUCUGCUGCCCCCUGCUGCUCUGGGCAGGAAGCACCAGACAUUCUGAUCAAUCUGAAGAAUUCUCACAAACUGCUAAUGACCAGAGUCAGACAGCUCUCUCUGUCUUUAGGGAUGCGUCGCAGCACUUUCUACACUUGAUCGCAAACAUGGUUUAGUGCAAAGGUUUGCCCAGACAACAUGGAAGCCCCGUUGAAAGCACUAAACUGGUGCACUUUGCUCAACCCCUGCUCCCCUUCCUUCCUCUCCUACUCCUCCUCCUCCUCCUCCUCCUCCUCACGUGAAAAACAUCCGCCAUAACAUGUAACAUAUACUCGCAUACUAACACAUCUCUGAAUGUAUGCCAGUAUGGCAAAGUCAUGAAGUGAUGUUGCUUUGUUAUUGUGCAUUUAUCAUUUGUGAUGUCAGAGUGGAGAAAAAGACAACUGGAGUCAACGUGUGAUCUGAGCCCGGAUAUCUUACCUGCAGAAGGAAAAUAGUAAGACUACGUAAUGCUUUCUAUUUGUAAAUGCACAGCCAAUGAUUGAAGACCCUUUUAAUGCCAAGUGUAAACAGAGCCCAAACCGUGUGCGUGGAUGUCACAUUUGGUACCACAAGUCAACAUGACGAUGGAAUUUGGUGUCUGGUAAACUUUUAAAAAAGUGGUUCUAGUAGUGAUUGUGUCUGAAAGGAAGAUUUAAGUCGUAUGCUACCUCAUUGCUUCUUGCAGCCGCUCAGCCACUUGUACCCUAAAAGUCUGACAGUAUUAAUAAUAUAAAAUGCGUCCUUCCUGUAGGAGACAUGGUACAAACAUUUCACCCCAACCCAAUAAAUCUGCCCCCCCUUAUGGGG